AUGGCGGCUGUUAACGGAACGUACGGCACCGCGGCGCCCGUGGCCGCACCUAUUGCCGGGAAGAGGCGCGUCAGCCCGACGCACGACGUGAUCCUCUACUUCCUCGCCCUGUUCAUCCCGCCCUUGGCAGUGUUCUUCAAGCGCGGUAUCAGAGCAGACUUUUGGAUCAACAUCCUGCUGUGGAUCCUCGGCUGGAUCCCUGGCGUGCUGCACGCGUGGUAUAUCAUCUCGCGAAGCGAAGGCUACAUGUAG